AUGUUUGGCGCUGAAACCUUACCUGAGUCGUAUUUCGAAGAAUAUCGACGCCUCUCCAAGGCUAUAGUGGAAGCUUUGCAAGACUCUCACUUCGACCAGGAACUGCUUUUCGACCUGAAGAAGGAGAACCAGGUGUACCUCAACCGCACAAUGUCCCUCAUAAUCAAAUACAUAGUGAAAAGGGAGGUCGACAACUACAGGGCACGACGCACGGACGCCAUAAGCCGUCGCGUCUACUCCGCGCUCAUAAUGAAACUGAUCGAUAUCGCGAAGGACCUGCCGCGGAAUGUAAGUUCGGCGAGCCGCGUAGACACGGCGCACCGGUACUACACUGGCGCUGAAAAUCGCGACACGCACGACAAAAUGGCGGACGCGCAAGUGUUCCACGCGUGCGCACGUCUCUAUGACGUCAUGUUCACGGCACCAAGGAUUAUGUCGCAUCUGGGCAACUUCGAAGAUCUGACUCCAAAGCUGCUUGCGAAACGUCUUAUGGAGUUGCAAAUAAAACCAGUUCACUUUGCCGUCUCUCUGCUCAUUCAAUACCACCUAAGGAACACUAUCAACUUCGCGAUAAGGUCUAACGCACUGGAGGUGCUCGCCACCAGGCCUCGGAUGGUGGACGCUGACGUCAUCGACAUGCUGAAAGCUCUCGCCUCGCGUCUGCUUCCAGUGUCAGAGCUUCUGGAUAUACACCUCGCGCACUACAGCCCCGCCUUCAAAGACACCUGCCCCUCCACCUGGCUUGGAAUUGUCAAUAAUAAACAGCCC